UUCAUGACAAUGGAUAUCCUGUUCCAAGACCAAUUGAUUUUAAUCGUCAUGCUGUAGUUAUGGAACUUGUUGAUGGACACCCACUGUGUCAAGUUCAUGAUGUUUCUGAUCCGUCAGAGUUAUACAGUGACUUAAUGGAGUUGAUUGUACGACUUGGAAGCUUUGGUCUGAUUCACUGUGAUUUUAAUGAAUUCAACUUAAUCAUCAAUGACAGAGACCAAGUAACAGUUAUUGAUUUUCCACAGAUGGUGUCAAUAUCCCAUCCAAAUGCACAGUGGUAUUUUGACAGAGAUGUACAGUGCAUUAGAGAUUUCUUUUUUCGGAGAUUUUCUUAUUCAAGUGAACUCUAUCCUCAGUUUGCUGACAUAAAACGACUCCAUAACUUGGAUGUUGAAGUGGAAGCCAGUGGUUUUACAAGAGACAUGUCUGAUUCAUUUGAUGAGACACAGAACCUCUAUAUAACACAGGCUACAGCUGACUUCAACGCUUGUGAGGGUGGCAGCGUUAGGAAAGCAGAUAAUGAAGAGAAAAAUACAUCAGAUGAACAAGACGAAAGUGACAACGAUGACAUAGCUGAGCAAAGCUUGGAAGAUAACUCAGUGGAAACUCGAGGACCCGAACAUGACCUCUCCAACGAGCAAGACUCGAAAACGAGCAAAGAAAUCCCAGAAAAAGAACAAAGCGAGGACUGGGAUUUAAAAGAGCUGAGUAAUCAAAACAAACUAUAUUGGCCUUACCGUGAUACAAAGAGUCACGUGGUGGGCAAUAGCCCGGAUGAUGAUGCUAGCAACCAAUCGAAACCCUUGACUGCGUCACCAAUAGAUUCCAAAGAAAUAAGAACCAGAGUAAAAAAGAGUUUAGAAAAGAAACAGAGAGAGAUGCGGAGGAGAAAACGAGGCGAAUCUUCGGCAGUUACUCGAUCAAGGAGGGAAAAUAGAGAAGCUGUCAAUCAUGGAGCACAGGCCUGGAAUGACGGCUGGUGAGCUAGGUAACAAGAAGAAGACGAGUCUAGGAUGAAUUAGGUGAAGGACGUCGGCUGUUGAUCCGCUUUGUUAAAUGUAAACCCUUCUGCACAGAAACUGAUAACUGGAUUUUCAGAAUAUAUUAAAUAUCAUAGAGCGGGUCUUCUUAGAUUAAUAUUUACAUCAAACAAAAUUACAUGUACCGUUUAAAUAGUUUACGAAAUCAAAUGUUUAGUGAAAUCUAUGUUCUUAGUCGUGAGAUCGUACAGAUGAAAAUAUAUUAACUCUAAAAAAGUCUCUUUUUUCUUUGCACGAUAACAAAUAUUACUAGUAGCAAGAAACUUUUCAAAGCGCGCGACUGGGACAAUAAAAUUGUAAAUAGUUUUGACGUUCCAAUCGGGCGUAUUGACACAUUACAUUUUUUUCGAUUUUGAAUGUUUUAAUAGUCCCUCAUCAGCGAAGAAGGAUGCAUGGGUCACCAUCAAGUGCUGUGUCUCUGUUUAACUGUUGAGAAACUUCAUCUCGAUCCGUAGGGAGCAUGUGGAACGUAGAAAUGACCGCUGGUCAUUGGUAAUGGGUAGACAUAACACCCUUCCUUUCUGAAACCCAGUCAGGAGCUAUUAUGAAGUAGCCUCGAUCUCUUGCGCUCGUGUUAGUGAAAAAUGAAUUUUCGUGUACGUAGUCGUAAUCUUCAAAACUUGUGUGGUAUGUAGGGUCCACUCGUGGCCUUAGUAAGUGUGUUAGGGUUGCUUCUCCUAUACCACAGGAUCCGUACCUGGAGACAUGAAAUUAAAACAAAUCAUUUAAUUUGACAAA